AAGUCCACUGGUGGAGUUUCCUGAGAGCAGAGAAGUGGAGCAGUGUGGAUAGGAAAUGACUCAUAGGACUGGAGCUGUAUGCGUGUGUGUGUCUGCGCGCGCGUGUGUUUGUGUGUAGUUCGUGAGCGUGGGUGUGUGCUCGCUGUGUAAAAACACGCAGCACAGUGGUCCCGGUGACUCACUCCUCUGAUGCUCACUUUUCCAUGCUGUUGUCGCUCCUCAACUUGUGCUUUUUAUUUUAAUUUCAUUUUUUUAUUUUUGAGGGAUUCACUGUGUAGCGAGGACACGUGAUGGACUCUCACGCGCUUUGCGCCGUUUGUGGACUUUUCGUGGCGUUUGUCAUCCACGGCGUUUACGCACAAAAAAGUCAGUGUGGAAGCUCAGAAUUCUGGAACUCCGAUCUGGAUGUUUGCAUGCAGUGUGCAUCGUGUAAGCAGUACCCAAAGACGCCGUCAUGCAACACAUGUAAAUCAGUGGAGGAGACAUCGGACGUGUGGAAGCUAGCGGCCAUCACCAGCUUCUCGGUGUUGGCCGUGGUCCUGGUAGGCGCCGCCCUCAUUAUUGGGGUCAUGGUGCAUCGACGCAAGUCGCGGAAACUGCCUCUACGUGAGCCAAUAGAAGAAACAGCAGGGCCGCUUUAUCAAGCUUAAAGAUUUCACCUCUGGAAACACAUGCGACACAACCAAGAAGCGACUGAGGCUUCACACCCGGACGGGGAGACCCUCUGGACCGUGAACUGUGUACUCUGACUGACCUUUUUAAAAAUGUAUUUAAGUGUUGGGUGAAGAGACAUGCUCGUGUAGUGACCACAGGACAACCUCUCGCACAAUUCUAGCAACGUUAAUGAUUCCCCAGAGACCGACUGACUAUUUGAGCCUGCAAGGUGGCUUGGUGGGCUGCUAGGUCACUAGGUUCAGUCACUUCUGCACAGAUGAAUGUAGCUAACAGGUGAGGACUGGACACACUGUUAGGCACAAUAAUAGGUAGGCUGUUUGAAUGUAGCUACUGUUUAGGUCAAGUCUAUCCAACAAGUCUUUGGUGCACUGUUACUGCGUAUUCCUGCCACCACAAACAACACACAGCCUCCGUUCAUCUUCCAUCUUGGCGCACGUGUGAGCUGGACUCACAGCUCACAUGCUGUUAACACUCAUGACACAUGACAGUGACGUGUUUGCAAGGUGGAGCCAAGCGAACGCAACGCUUUCUAACUCACUAGCCCAUCACUUCACGUGGAAAUAAAUACUCAGUUCUUCUUCUCACUAAGACUGCUAGGGCCACACUGGUAGGAAAAAAAAGAGCAAUUAUUGAAAAAAUUCAAAAAUGUAUUAAAAAUAGUACUAAUUUUACAAAAAUAGUCAAGAAUAAAAAUAUUAGAAAAUCUAAUACAAAAUUUGUACUAAUUUUGCAGAAAAAAAGUUUCCUUAUAUGUAGAAUAAAAUAAAAAAAAUUCAAGACAAUAAGAAAAUGUUUUUGUUUUGCAGUAAUAAAACUGUACUUUUACGAAAAAGUGGUCAUUUUACUGCUACAAGAAUAAAAUUGUUUUAUGAGAAAAAAGGUGAAAUAGGAGACAAAGGUUAUAGUAUUGCAAGAAUGGAAAUAUAAUAAUCAUCUUAUUCUUAGAUUUGAACUUUUUACCCCCAAAAGUCAAAGUAGGAGAAAAAGUUUUUUAUGAAAGUUUUACAAGAAUAGAAAUUAAAAAGGAAAAAGAAUCUUCCUUAAAAAUACUUUUAAAGAAAAAAAAUAUAGUGGUCAUUUUACAUCCAUAAAUACAUUAAAAGAAUAGAAACAAUACUACUACUAAUAAUAAAACAUAUUUUCUGCUUAUUUUUGAACAUUCCUCAAAAGUUGAAAUAAGAGAAAAAAGUUUUACUUGAUAAUAGUGGAAGUAUAACUUUAAAAAGUGCCAAUUUUAUGGGGGAAAAAGUUGCAGCAUUGCAAAUAUGAAGUUUAGAAUUAUUUUUUUUUAAUGAAAAAUGUUGAAAUAUUGUAAUGAAAAAGAGCUGCAGUUUUGCAGGAAUUAAAUUGUACUUUUACAAGAAAAGAGUUGCAAUAGUAUAAGAAUUAAGUAGUAAUUUUACAAGAAAAAAGUUUAAAUAAAAAGAUUUAAAAAAAUCAAUAUUUCAAGAAUAAAACAAAACAAAAAAGUAAAAAAAAAAAAAAAGUGAAUUUUACAAAAAAAGAUCUUCCAUGUUACAAGAACAAAGAUUUUUGGGGAAAAAAAGCAGGAAUCAAGUCUUUAUGAGUACAAAAAAAAUGAAAUAGUUCAAGAUUACAAGGUUAAUAAACAUGAACGCUCCAGUAAAUAAACAAUUUAAGCGACUGUUGCAGCGAGCGCCUCCAUUGACCUUGGGGGCGCCAACAUUCAUUUAUGUCUCGACCACUUUUUUCCCCAAUGUCAGAAUUUUUUGUCAACGUGGCCGUAAUGCUCCUCUGUUGUUUGACCGUCAAGGCAUGGAAUUGUGUCACAGUACACUGUGAUAUCGGCGUGCCUGUGAGGGUGUUGUUACAUGUAUUGUUGCAUGUUGCCAAAGAAGGGAUUUAUAGUGAAGAUUUUCAUUUGUUAAAACUUCUACCAGGCCUUCUAGUAGUGAUUCUAUACUAACUCCUUCCUGUUAACACUUUUUUCUUUUUUUGCUAUUUCUUAAUGUAUAUAAUGUACUGUACAUGCACUGGCUUAUUUUACCUAAUGCAGUCCUACUAUUGCUUUUAGUACCAAAUGUAUUUUCACAAUAAAAGUGACAACCGUGCUCGUGGUUGGCUGGUGAGUGGGGGUGGGAAAUAUAGACGAGAGACACAUCCAUUUGCAGUCUUUUAAUCACCAUGUGGUUGCUUAUAUUCUAAAUGAAGUAGAAAUCUACACUUCAGUGACAAAAUAGUUAUAGAAAUAUGACUUCAAAACCGAGCAGAGCAGAAAUCCAUUACAUGGCUAUUUUUUAAAAUUACACAAUAAUCUAGCAGUUUUAUUCUACAGAAGAUAAAAUGUACAAAGCUCAAGCAGAUAUUUCAUUCUAUUGUGACAUAACUAUAAGUAACAUGGAGUGUGUGGAACAUAAAAAAACCUAACUAAACAUUAGUUUUAAUGUGCAUUUGUUGCUUUGCAUGUAGGCUACCAAGGUGAAUGCAUGAUAUUCCAGUGAAUUUACAUAAAUAACAUUAACAGUCUUCAAUACGGUGAGUAUAUUGCUUCAAUAGAAGAGCAUAUAACAAAACAUGUUGGCUGCAUUCUUUCUUUCCUGGCCUAAAGCAAAUGUGCAAAUACAAUCAUGCUGCAAACUGAAGCUCUCCAAAGCCAGAUAACAGAAAUGUCAGUUUACAGCGUCUUAUACAAUACAGCUCACUGUCGGAGCAUUCAACGAGGUAUUUCAUACGUACAAGCAGUGGCAAAAAUAAGGCAGGAAAAGAAAUGUCAGAAUAUGUUAAAUAAAAAGAAAAUUGCUGAGGCAGACAGCAGAACUUGGACAUUUGUCUCAGAUUAGUCCUAAUUGUGCUUUGACAUAGUGAUGGUGCAAAUGCUGUAUUAACCCCAAUAGAAGAGCAUAUUUUUGCUCUAGAAAAAAGCCGGGUGGUCUUAUAUUCAUGCUCUAGAUUUAUACAUGCAAACCAAGAGGUGGUGGCGAACCGGCCACUCACCCACACACCUGUGACCGGCAGUGACAACAAGUAUUUUUGAUUUCACUGAAAAGAACAAAAAGAAAAAAAAAACAUUAUUUUGUCUUUAAAUUUUAAUUUUUUUGUAAAAGAGGGGUGGUCUUAUACUGUAAUCUAAUAUUCAGAUUUGUCUUCUCAGGUCAAGAUGACUAUUUUGAGUAAUAAAAAAAAAACUACAACUAAUAUAGAAAUAGAACACACACCACCGUGUAUAUAUUUUUACAUUUUUUAAAUUGAAAUGUUCAGGUUAUAGGUCAGCUUUUCUUGAAAAGUAAUGGUUUUGUUCAGUAUAGUUAUGGAAAUGUAUAUUUUCAUUAUAUUUAAAUAAAAAAAUUAAAUGAUGUAAUAUUUCAUUAUAUUUCAAUACAACCACAAACAAUGGUAUUUUAAAAGGUGUGUUCCACCUUAACCUUUAAGACUUUUUAAAUACUGGCACUUAAUUUUUAUGGAUUUUAUGCAUUUUCUUUAUAUAUAUAUAUAUAUAUAUAUAUAUAUAUAUA